AUGGCCGAUGUAGUGGCUUUUGAUUUAUAUGGCACUCUGUUGUCGACCGCAUCAAUCGCUAAGAGACUCGAGAAGCAUUUUGAUCCUGUCAAGGCGCAAUCGAUAUCCGCACUCUGGAGACGGUAUCAACUGGAGUAUGAAGAUUUCUCGGCCAUCACACGGAACUCGCUGUUGCACACUCUGGCCGACCACCAUACCAGUCUCAGUGAGGAUGAUAUGGCCGAGGUGAUGCACGCCUACGACAAUCUAUCAACAUUUGCCGACGUAAAACCGGCCUUGGCCCGCAUAGCCUCGGACCCAAACGUGCAAGCGGUGGUUUUCUCGAACGGCACCAAGACCAUGGUAUCAAACUCGGUGCUGCGGUCUGAAGACCUGUCGCCGCACGCCAGCACAUUCCAAGAUGUCAUUACCGUGGAUGAAGUCCGGCAGUACAAGCCCGCUCGAGCAUGCUACCAGCAUUUGGCACGAAAAACGGGCAAAAAUCCAGCAGCGAUGAACAAUCUCUGGUUGGUGAGUGGGAACCCGUUCGAUAUUGUAGGCGCACGCAGCACGGGAAUGCAGGCCAUAUGGAUUGAUCGCGACGGCGGCGGAUGGAAGGAUGCUGCGAGUCCCGACUUGCAGCCCACGGCUACGGUACACAGUUUGGAGCAGGUCGUCCAGGAAAUUCAGAGUCGGAAGUGA